AUGUCAAAACGAAAACUUCAAUUAUUGCAAGCCCUAAACCAUGAAAAUUCGGGUUUGAUGUGGAAUCAUUCCUCUGCAUCCUCUUCCAUGCCUUUCACUAUUGCUGGAAUGAACACAACAGCUUUGAGUUCUUCAUCAUCCGAUGUUGAAACGUCUUCUAGUACCAAAGGUUCUACAUUGAAAUCUAGUACCACUGCAACAAACGAAGAUUCAUGUAAUUCAUUCGUUGUUCCCAUGUUACAACAGCAACAACAAAAACGAUUAAAAUCCAAUCAUCAUGUUACAGAAAAAUUAUCGGGAAAGGAUUUUUAUCAAGUUCAGGAAGAAAUGGAAUGCCAAUACCAAGAAGAAAAGAAAGAGAAGGAAGAAAUUGAGAAGGAAAAUAAGGCUUUUAAUGAAAAAUUGGAAAAGAAGGAGGCUUUGAAAAAUGUUUUCAAAUCGGAGCCAAAUUAUGUUAAAUUAAAUUUGAGAAGAAAAACUUUCAAGUCGAAAAGAAGGUUUAAAGGAAGCAGUAAAAAGUAUGGAAAUGCAUUGUCAAAGAAAGAUCUUGAAUUAUUGAAAGAUCAAGAUAACAACAAUAUUGAUGAUGAAAAUGAAAUAAUUGGGGAUGAUAGUGAGAAUGACGAUGAAACGAAUGACACCACCCCUUCUGAAUCUAGUCUCUCUUUAGGAUAUUCACUGGAAGAUAUCUUGAACUCCAAGCAAGUUGCUGAAAUAGUUUUAAAGGAACACUUUUCACAUGAUUCAUUUAGAUCGGGGCAAUAUGAAACAAUUUCAAGAAUUUUGAGAAAAGAGUCUGCUUUGCUGAUUUCUGUCACUGGAAGUGGUAAAUCGACGUGUUAUCAGUAUCCUGCUCUGUGUCUAACAUGUACCAAGAAAGAGUUUGUUAUUGUAGUUUCACCUUUAAUUUCCUUAAUGGAAGAUCAAAUGCAAAACCUUAUACCUAGCUUACGAGGGGCAUUGAUGACCAAUCAUCAAUCAAGUCAACAACGUUCAAAAAUCAUGAAUGAUAUCAGAAAAGGACUUGUAAAGAUACUAUUUAUUUCUCCAGAAAGGCUUUGUGAUGCUAGGUUUAUUGAGAGUGCUAAACAACUUCCUCCCAUUUCAUUUGCCUGUAUUGAUGAGGCCCAUUGUAUGUCAGAAUGGUCACAUAAUUUUAGGCCUUCAUAUUUGAGCGUGAAAAAUGUUCUCGAGAAGGAUCUUGGUGUAUCCACCAUAUUAGCCCUAACAGGAACAGCUACAAAAUCAACAGAACAAUCAAUUUGUGACUAUUUACACAUUCCUGCAGAGAAUGUUUCAAGACAAACACUAGCACGCCACAAUCUUGUAAAAACUGUUUCUCUGGGAUUACCAAGCAAAUUUACCGCUGUUCUCAAUCUCCUCAACAGCGAUCGAAUGAAAGGAUAUAGAGAUUCUGUUAUUAUUUAUACCAUGCUAAGGAAAGAUGCUGAACAGCUAUGCAGUCAUUUAAUAAUGAAUGGAAUCCACGCAAUACCAUACCAUGCAGGAAUUGAAGCAUCCAGGAGAAAAGAAAUUCAAACUCAGUUCAUGAACAAAGAAAUUAAUAUUAUUGUUGCCACAGUUGCCUUUGGUAUGGGAAUAUCCAUUUCAGGUGUACAGUCGGUUAUUCACUUCAAUUUACCAAGAUCUAUCGAGAGCUAUGUGCAAGAAAUUGGACGUGCAGGAAGAGAUGGCUCUCCAGCUCAAUGCCACAUCUUCUUUGAUGAAGACGAUUAUGUAAUUUCUCGAUCUCUGUGCUACAGCAACUACGUUGAUAUUUUUACUGUGAAAAAACUGAUUCAGAAAAUAUUUUCAAAGAAUGCAGAAAAAGGUCACAUGUGUGUGUUAGGAAUGAAACAAUUAGAAAAGCAUUUAGACCUUAAAGAAGAAGUAAUUUCUACUCUUCUUACCAUUCUUCACAACAAAGGUUUUAUUAAGCUCCUUUCGAACACCAAUCACAUUUAUACGAUAUUUUUCAUGAAGACUACUCCUGCCGAAUUGGCAAAGAAACACUCUUGGCUCAAGACAGCCAUGUCCAACUCGAAAGCAACCUCAAAGUUUGAAAUUGACAUUGCAAAAAUUGCUGUGGAGUCUUCCAUUUCUUUUUCACAAUUAGAAACAGAAAUUAUUGGUCUCAAAGAAAUUGGAGAAAUUAAGUAUGAAGCAAAAUCUGAGGCAUAUCGCAUGGAAUUACUCCAAAAUGUAACAAAUGUUAUUGAAUUGUCUACCAUAAUCACAGAUGAAAUGAGAUUGUUAGAAAAGGUGAACGUAUCAAAAGUGCAAGCCAUGUUUAAACUGGCAAGAGAAUUUGUUGUUUCUGAUGAAGAGGCUCAAAAAACGAAUCCAACCAAAAAGCUUGGUAUGGAAAGGUUGAUCGACGAGUAUUUCACAUGUGAAAAUGAGCAAGAUUUUUUGAAGGACGAGGCUGAUGUUGUAAAAACAGAACUCAAAGGUAACGACAGAUCAGUCAUUCACUCUGACUGUUGUGUUCUACUUCGAAAAUACGAUACCAUUCCAAAUGCCAAGGUGUUGACAAAAAUUUUGACAGGCAUGUUGAUUUUUAUUCAUUGUUAG